UAACGUAUCUUCACGUAUCUUCGCUGCUUACUUAGGGCAUAGGACACCGCUCCUUGCGCGAGUCUUGAGCAAUAUGGCUCCGCCGGCCAAGUCCCGCAAGGGCAAGAAGGCAUGGCGCAAAAACAUUGAUGCCACCGAGGUGGAGGAGUUCCUGACGGAGCAGACCUACCAGCAGCGGCGCGGCCCCGCGGCCAAGGAGCUCAAGGAUGACCAGCUGUUCUUCGUGGACACGUCUGCUGACGUGGACGGCGCCACGGCGGUGGCGGAGGGCAAGCGGCCCGCCAAGCGGCGGCGCGAGGAGGCCGCCGCCAAGCCGCUCAAGUCUCAGCUCAUCAUCGGCCAGGCCCACAAGGCCAAACCGGUGUCGUUGGCGCCGCCGCAGCGCAAGCCCACGCCCGCCUCCGCCGCCGCGGUGGCGGAGCUGGUCGCCGCCUCCGCCGCCGCCGCCACCAGCGGCAAGAAGGCGGCGGCGCAGCAGGUCAAGACGGCGCGCGCCAUCGCCGCCGCCGCCGCCAAGGCGAAGGCGGGCGGCGCGAAGCGCCACCCUCUGGACCUCUGGGCUGACGACGAAGGUGCCGACGACAGCGAUGGCGGCGCCGCCGCGCCAGGGCCAGGUAGCCGCGCGCUAGCGCUCGCCGGCUCUGAUGCCAAGCAGCAGCAGCAGCAGAACGGCGGGCGGAUUGAGAAGAAGAAGGGCACGACGCAGCGCGGCGCCAAGGGCGGCGCCAGCGGCUCUAGCGGCUCUGUGGCACUGACCACGGUACGCAAGGCCAUGGGUCCGAGUGCGCCGGCGCUGCGGCGGAGCAAGAGCCCGCCGCCGCUGCCGGUGGCGGCGCGCAAGGUGUUGGGCAGCAAGGCGGCGAGCGGGCCGCGCGCGGUGGCGCCGGACCUACCCGGCUGCUCGUUCAACCCCGACCAUGAGCAACACCAGGACGCGCUGGCGGUGCUGGUGGCGGCAGAGUUGAAGAAGGAGCUGACUCGCGAGCUGCGGCCGGAGGCGCCGCCGGAGGAGGUGGAGGCGGAGGAGGGCGGCCGCGUGUUGACGGAGCUUGAGCGGCUGCAGGUGGAGGUGGAUGAGGAGGAGGACGACGAGGAGGAGGGCGGGGCGGCGGCGGGCGGGGAGGAGCAGCAAGACCCCAACGCGAUCGCGAUAGAGGAGGAGGAGGAGCAGGAGGAGGAGGGCGGGUCAGGGAGCGGCGAGGAGGAGGAGGGCGGCGAGGGCGGCGCGGCGGCGGCGGCGCGGGCAAAGAAGAAGCAGCAGGAGAAGAAGACCAAGAAGGACCGUAACAAGGAGGCCCGGCGCAAGGCGCUGGAGGCGCAGCUGAGCGGCCGCAAGGCUCUGCGGGCGCAGCGGCGGGAGCUGCAGACGCUGAGGGACGUGGAGCAGGAGCUGGCGGCCACGGAGGAGGAGCGGGAGCUGAAGCGGCAGCGGCUGGCGGCGCUGCGUGCGGAGAAGGCGGCCGUGGAGCCGCCGCGACUGGGCAAGCUGCGCUUCGAGGCGCCGGCGGUGGCGGUACUCACCAGCGACCAGAAGACAGGCAGCCUGCGGCAGGUGGUGCCCUGCUCCAUGCUUGCCGCCGACCGCUUCAAGAGCCUGCAGCAGCGCGGGUUGGUGGAGCCGCGCAAGCCGCAGCCGUUCAAGGAGCGGAGGCGCAAGGUGCAGUACGAGAAGGGCGGGCGCUUUGAGAAGGCCGAGGCGCUCAGCACCGAGGUGCGCGAGAUGGGCCGAGUCAACAAGAAGGCGCGGCGGGCCGCCGUCAAGAGCGCGGCGGCGGGCGGCGGCGACGACGACUGGCUGUAGCGUGUGGGCGUGUGUGGGGAGGGGGUGGGGUUGGGUGUGUGUGUGUGUGUGUGUGUGUGUGUGUGUGUGUGUGGCUGGCUGUAUGUGGAAGGUGUGUCAUUCGCAUGAGGCGUGUGGCGGUGUGGCAGGGUGGAUGGUUGUAGCGUGCGGUGUGUGUAUGUGUGGUUAGGAAGAUUGUGACGGUAUGAUGGUGGUGCUGGUGGUGGUGGUCGAGCAACCGAAGCCCAGAACCCGAAGCCGUCCGUAUAACGCGGAGGCGAUGCAGGAGUGUUGGCGACAGCCGUAUGCGUCUGGUCCUGGUCUGGUGUCUCGAGGCACGCACGCAAAAUUCGGCGUGAGUGCAAAUGUGAAGCUACGUCGAUGUGAAACUGAAUCGACGUGAGGACUGCAACGGGCUGAUGAAUUCAGAGGUCAGCUAGGUGUGGUACUGCUGAUGCUGCUGUUUGGGUGCUUAGACGGGGGAGCCUUACAUGGGCCGGUCUCAGCUGCCUCAUACAUGCGGGGUGGCUUAUUCCUGAUUACAAAGUAGCUAGCGGUACCAGGACUGGGGGCGACGUACGAGCCAUGUGCGUGCCGGCACGGGUCAGCCUUGCGGUGUUGCCAUCGCAAUUACCCCGCCGAUUGAACUUGGCCACCACACCAGGAAAUGAGAAACAAAGCCAGGUCACCAACCGCAUCAGCAACUCCCAACCCUGUCCCAACUAGCAGCAAUUUCAACAAACUCCCCCCAGUUCCCCC